AUGGGCGGAGGAGGCCGCACAUCCUCCUUCGCGCCCAGCCACAGCCUCAACACCUCUACUCCCUUUCUCCUCGGCAGCGCGCUCGCCUCGGCCCUCUUCGCGUGCCUGGCGUCGCACACCGCCGUCAGCCUCUCUGCGGUGGCUGCAGUCGCCAGCGUGGUUCUCUGCAUCUCUGCUGGCCUCCGCUGGGUCGUUGGUGACCCAUUGCGCGACACCGCCGCGCACGGCUUCGGCCCUCGAUGUACCGCGCUGGCCGCCGCCGCGACGCCCGCAGCGCCGAAGCUCGACAACAACGGCAGCUGCGACGGCGGCGAGCCGCCCGCAGACCUGUCCCAGGAGGAGCUGCUGCUGCUGCAGUACUUCUUCGCGAUCACCUUCCGGCUGGGCGACGACGAAGCGGCGAUCUCCAGCAUCUGGUGCAUGACGGGCGGCGGCAAGCCGCUUCCGAGCGCGCCAGACCAGCUCAACUUUACCGCGAUCCGGUACCACCUCUCGUUCGUCGCGUACGCCACCGCCGCCAUCUGCAUGCGCACCCCGCUCCUCAAGGCGCAGGGCGGCGCGGUGCUCGGCUGGGUCAUGCGCCAGCUCCUCUCUCCCCGCGUCUUUCGGUACUGCGACUUUUACUGGCCGGCGGACGGCUCCGCCUCCUAG